GAAGGGGAAAAUCCACUCCUCUAUUCUGGGACUGUUCUUCAAACCUUGUCAGUCCAACACGAAAUCAAAUCCAGCUCUCAGAUUCUCCCCCUUCUCUCGCGAGCUCAUCAUCUUCAUCGGCUCCUGCUAGCUCCCCUCUUCCGAUCUGCAGAUUCCUUCUUCUUCUUCUUCGGAGCUUGUUCUUGUGUAAUCGCUUGAUGCUCCGGGCUUUCGAGAUCUGAGCUGCGAUCUCCCGGGUUCCGCCGUCCCUGAGCUGACCCCGCAUUUCGUUUCCGUUCGCGCGAAGCUAGAAUGCUUGUUUCUGCUGCUUUCGGUGGUGGUUUCGUAGCUACGGAGCUGCGCGUGCUGAUCCGGCGAGCUCCUUCUUGAGGGGGGGAGAUAGAUAGCUACCCCGGCGUAUCGAUUUGUUUGGAAUUCGAGGCGCUCGCCCCGGUUUUGCUGGCUAAUCGGGCGAAUUCUCGAGCCGCGGAGCUAGGGUUUGUGAGUUUCAGCUUCGUUUACGACAUCGUCGACCUGAGGGUUUGAAGUUGAGCGCUGUUGCUUGGUGGGUUUUCUUCUGUUUUGUGUUGUUUUUGGUUGGGGUGUGAUGGAUUACGGUAGAGAAUCGGGCUUCGGCGGUGGGAAUGUGGUUCACGUGAUCACUGGAGGUCCUAACGAGAGCUGGAUGCAGAAUUCUGCCGAUCCAGGGGUGUGGGCCUCGGAGGACGAGUACCGCGUCUGGAACGGCGGGUUGACGCCGUCCGACGCUCCCUCGAACUCCAAUUACGACGGGAGGCAGUCCCAGACGCGGUCUGGGAGCGAGCCCCCGAGCAAGAAAUCGAGGAACAAUUCGGAUUCCGCCGUGUCCAGCAGGUCGAAGGCGAUCGGUAAAAUGUUCUUCAAGACCAAGCUGUGCUGCAAGUUCCGUGCCGGGACUUGCCCUUACGUCACGAAUUGUAACUUUGCUCAUAGCAUCGAGGAAUUGAGGAGGCCUCCUCCUAAUUGGCAGGAAAUCGUUGCGGCACAUGAGGAGGAGAAGGGGGUUGCAUCGGAGCCGAGAGAAGAAUUCCAGAUCCCGUCGCUCGGGUCUUCGGGAUUCAGUGGGGAGUCGCAGCGGUCAUAUAAGGGGAGGCAUUGUAAGAAGUUUUACACGGAGGAAGGCUGCCCGUAUGGAGAUAGUUGUACUUUUCUUCAUGAUGAGCAGUCCAAGAAUAGGGAGAGCGUGGCCAUAAGUUUGGGACCUGGUGGUUAUAGCGGCGGGGGUGCCGCCGGCGGUGGUGGUGGAGGAGGUGGAGGAGGAGGAGGAGGCGGAGGAGGAGGAGGAGGAGGUGGUGGUGUAGGAGGCGGAGGAGCAGGUGGAGCUGGGGUUGGCUCAAACGUGAAGCCGUCGAAUUGGAAGACAAGAAUCUGUAAUAAGUGGGAGCUCACGGGUUAUUGUCCAUUUGGAAACAAGUGCCAUUUCGCUCAUGGAGCUACAGAAUUGCACCGGUAUGGUGGCGGUCUUGUGGAGUCUGAGGCAAGAGAUUCUACUUCAGCACCUGCUGAUCCAAAACAGGGAGGAGCUCCUUCAAAAACUCCUGCAGACACGGCAGUUGCAUCAGUGGUCUCAGUUCCUCAUACAGAUGCUUACCACAUGGGUGUUCCAUCGCAAAGAUCAGCAAUCAUAAUACAGAGGCCAGGACAGAGAACUCAUCAGAAAUGGAAGGGUCCAGACAAGAUCAGCAGGAUAUAUGGUGACUGGAUCGAUGACAUUGAGUGACAUCGAGAAAGCUCACUGUGGAAGCAGCAGUUACCUGAUAACAACCCUACUCACAAGAUGGUUUGAGCAGGAAACAUCAGAGGCACGAGAGUAUCAUCGAGCUUCGUCUUGAGUGUCAACUAGUUUGCUGGUUUCAGCCGCGUAGGAGAUGCAUCGCUCCGAGAGGGCGAAGGAAAAGGAAAAGGAAGGGAAAAAAGAGUCGGGACGGAUGCGCACGAGUUCGGAAGUCCCUUUUUACUUGCAUAUGAGUUCUUCAUUUUGUACAAGGAGCUUGAUGCUUGUAUCGCCUUCCUGGUCCCAGUCUCAUCUUCUGGGAAAGAUCUAUCAAAGAUCAAAUGUCCUUCUGUUACUGAGAGAAGGUCCAUCCGGGAGAGGGUGGAUUUCUGGGAAUUUUCAGAUUGUGAAACUGACCCUUUUCGGAAUUUUCAAUAAUCUCUAGUUGAAAGCGGUUACUUUCUCUUUUUAAUGCUUGAUUUAUGAACUAUCACUCAGUUAUUACAUCUGUAACUUUGACAAUAAUUUCGGGCAUUACGUAUAUUCAUGUCUGUGUUUUUUGUU